AAGAAAAGCGAAGUGUUGUACCCGGAGAGCUCAUCCUCCACUUAGCUCCAAGCCCUAAUCCUGCUCUCUCUCUCUCCUCUCUCAAUCCCCCUCUCUCUCUCAACCAGACCGAUCACCAUGACCAAGCAGCACGCUAACUGGUCCCCCUACGACAACAAUGGCGGAUCCUGCGUUGCGAUCGCCGGAGCCAACUACUGUGUGAUUGCUGCCGAUACUCGGAUGUCGACUGGUUACAGUAUUCUCACCCGCGACUACUCCAAAAUCUGCAAAUUAGCGGACAAAGCUGUAUUGGCAUCUUCGGGUUUCCAAGCUGAUGUGAAAGCUUUGCAAAAGCAUUUGGCAGCUAAGCACUUGACUUAUCAGCAUCAACAUAACAAACAAAUGAGCUGCCCUGCAAUGGCUCAAUUGCUUUCCAACACCCUUUACUACAAGCGUUUCUUCCCCUACUACGCUUUUAAUGUUUUGGGUGGUUUAGAUAGCGAAGGUAAGGGUUGUGUCUUCACAUACGAUGCUGUUGGUUCCUACGAGAGGGUUGGGUAUAGCUCCCAAGGUUCUGGUUCUACACUUAUCAUUCCUUUCCUGGACAACCAAUUGAAGUCUCCUAGCCCACUCCUAUUGCCUGCCCAGGAUGCUGUCACACCGCUGUCUGAAGCAGAAGCAAUCGACUUGGUCAAAACUUGUUUUGCAUCUGCAACCGAAAGAGAUAUUUACACUGGUGACAGCUUGGAGAUUGUUGUCCUGAAUGCGGAUGGCACCCGGUACGAGUAUAUGGAGCUGAGGAAGGACUGAUGCGUGCCCAUAAAAAAUUGGCAAUUCAUAUGCUUCACUGUUUGGUGUAUUUGGACACUAAGACUAGAAUGUCUCUUUUUUUGGGUGUUUAGAAUAUUUCUGUUUCAGUAUUCAAUUACAAAAAUCGUGACGUGAUUGCAGUUGCCUAAUCUGAAAAUUUCAGAUUCAACGUUGA